UACACCUUCAGAAAAUGCUAAGCCGCCCUCAAAUCCUCCUGUCAAGAAAGUGAAAAAGCUCGUAAAAAAGGGAGAUUUGCCAAUUACAUCUUGUCAUAAUGGAUUAGACAAAUCGGUUAUCACACAAUUUAAGGAACAAGAGGUGCAAAUGAUAGUAUCAGAUAAGCUUGUGGCUGAUACAGAAACGCAAAAAAACACGCUUGAAGAAUAUGUUUAUGAUACUCGAUCCAAA